AUGUCUUCCGUCAAAGUUGCUGUCCGUGUAAGACCAUUUAAUAGGAGAGAGAUUCUAAUGAACAGUGAAUGUGUCAUAUCGAUGUCGGGCCAAUCUACAAGUAUUAGAAAACCAAACUCUAAAGAACCUUCUAAAGUAUUUGAAUUCGACUACAGUUACUGGUCACAUACAGAUAAAUCGGAUCCAUUAUACGCAGAUCAAAAACAAGUUUACAAUGAUAUUGGUAACGAUGCUCUUAACCAUGCCCUUGAAGGAUAUAAUGUGUGCAUAUUCGCUUAUGGUCAAACAGGAUCAGGAAAAUCUUAUACUAUGAUGGGUAAACCAGGUGUUGAAGGUCAAGAGGGUAUUAUACCACAAUUAUGCCGUGAUCUUUUCAAAAAAUUGAACAGAACAACUUCUGGUCAAAUCAUACAACAUAUGGUUGAAGUAUCAUAUAUGGAAAUUUAUUGUGAACGUGUAAGAGAUUUACUGGAUCCAAAAAGUAAAGGAAAUUUACGUGUAAGAGAGCAUCCUAUUCUUGGACCAUAUGUUGAAGAUUUAUCAAAAUGUGCUGUUAUCUCAUUUGAUGAAAUUAAUGAAUUGAUUGAUGUGGGUAAUAAAGCAAGGACCGUUGCUGCUACUAAUAUGAAUGAAACAAGUAGUAGAUCACAUGCUGUCUUCACAAUAGUUGUAACGCAAAAAAUUGAAGAUUUAUCGUAUGGUACAACAAGCGAAAAAGUCAGUAAAAUAAGUCUAGUUGAUUUGGCUGGAAGUGAAAGAUCAGAUGCUACAGGAGCAACUGAUAUUCGUUUAAAAGAAGGAGCAAAUAUAAAUAAAUCACUUACAACACUGGGAAAAGUAAUUGCUGGAUUAGCUGAUAUGAGCUCAAAACGAAGAAAGAAGACUGAUUUUAUACCAUAUCGUGACUCUGUACUUACUUGGUUAUUAAAAGAAAAUCUUGGUGGAAAUUCACAUACAACAAUGAUUGCAGCCUUAUCACCAGCGGAUGUAAAUUUUGAUGAAACUUUAUCAACUCUACGUUAUGCAGACCGUGCUAAAAGUAUUGUAUGCAAGGCAAUUAUCAAUGAAGAUCCAACAGCAGUUUUAAUUAGAGAAUUAAAAGCUGAAGUAGCACGUUUAAAGCAAAUUCUGAAGAUGGAAGAUCAAAUGAAAACCUCUAUUACCAUUGGAACUUCACCUAUAACAAAUCAACAUUCUACAGAAACAUUUAUAUAUGAAGAUGAAACAACUUUAGAAGCAUUAAAAGCUUCUGAAAAGUUAAUUGCUGAAUUAAAUGAAACAAUGGAGAUGAAACUUAGAAAAGCUGAAAAACUCAGAGAACAAAGAGAAAAUGAAUUAAUGGAAAUGGGAAUAGCUAUUCAUGAUGGUGGUGUCAGAGGUGUAUUUUCUCCAAAAAAUACUCCACAUUUAGUGAAUCUGAAUGAAGAUCCAGCCAUGUCAGAAUGUCUUAUUUACUAUCUUAAAGAAGGAAAAACUAUAGUUGGCCGAUUGGAAUCUGAAUCAAGAGUUGAUAUUGGAUUAAGUGGUCCACUUAUUCAUAAUGAACAUUGUAUUUUCUAUACUGAAGGAAGUAUGGUUGAAUUUGAGCAGCUUAAUGAAGCUGAAUGUUAUGUAAAUGGAAGUCUAGUUACAAAACGCAUUCAACUUCAUACAGGAGCUCGUGUAAUUUUAGGCAAAAGUCAUGUGUUUCGUUUCAAUCAUCCACUUCAAAGUCGCGAGAAAAAGAAUCUUCCCGUCGAUAUGUCAGCAAGUGUUACAGAACCAAUUGACUGGAAUUAUGCCAUCAGUGAAUUAUUAGAAAAACAAGGUGUUGAUUUAAGAAAAGAAGUUGAAAAUCGUCUAAUACAAUUAGAAGAACAAUAUCGUCGUGAGAAAGAACAAUCUGAUCGAUUAUUUGCUGAACAGCGAAAAGAGUAUGAAGGUCGAAUACAAAGUUUGCAAGAACAAGUUGAACGUCAUUCAAUGUUAGAAUCUACGAUCCAGGAAGAAAUAGUUGGUGAAACGGAACAUAAUGAAAAUAUAUAUGAUUGUAAAUGGGGAGAUCGUGAAUAUGAAUUAGCUCGAUGGGUUUUUAAUAAAUGGACUAAUCAUCAAUUUACAUCACUACGGGAUCAAUUAUGGGAAAACGCUGUCUAUCUUAAAGAAGCAAAUGCACUAAGUGUAGAACUAAAUAAAAAGGUUCAAUUUCAAUUUGUUUUAUUAACUGCUACACCAUAUACACCUAUUCCAAAUGAAUUAAAUCCUUUGGAUAAAUCAAAUUAUGAUUCAUGUGAAAAUCAAUGCAGUGAAUGUUCAUCCAUACAAAGUUUACCGGAAGUAGAAAAUGAAAUAAACCAAUUAUCUAAUUCAUAUUGGUAUUCAUUAGAAAGAAUCUAUAAAAAUAAACUAAAAAAUCCAACUAUUUUAGUUAUAGAAAUUCGUGAUCUUUUAAGUAAUGCAAUACAAUAUUGGAGUUUGAAUACAUUUCAACGUCGUCUUCAAGCAAUGCAUGAUUAUUAUGAAGCAGAGACAGCAUUUUCUCCAACACUGAAAACUACUGAAUAUAAUACACUAAAUGAGAAACUGUAUAAUUCCAAUGAUAAUGAAAUGCCAUUCAAUGACAUUAAAAAGGAUCCAUUUCGAAAUGAAUUUCCUUGGUAUCAUAAAAUUGGCAGAGGUCUGUUAUACUUAAAGAAUUUAUACUAUGGGAUUCCAAUGACCAGUCAAGUCACUUUGUUAAAUGAACAUAGCACAAUAACUGGUAUUUUAACUAUUGAGGUUCAACCUAUUCUUAAUUUAAACCGAUCUGAAAAUAAAAUGACAAAUGAUCAAGCUAAUAGUCAAUAUGAAGUUAAUGUAAAAACAAAUGAAUGUGAUGAAUUGGAAAUUGUAUUUGAUAACUUACAAUAUAUUAAAUGGCGAUCUUCAUUGUCACCUGAAAAGAGUUUUAAAACAAAUAAUUAUGAUAUCAAUGGAAAACUUAUUGGUAUAUCAAAAGAUAAUUGUUUAUUUGAUCAGAAAGAAAGUUUGAAUAAACAAUUCAGUGAUUAUGAUAAAGAGAAUGAAUUGAGAUGUAGACGUCGUUGUCAGUUUUCUCAUGAAUCAACAUUGACCGACCAUCAGAAAUCUAGUGAAGAAUGGAUAAUGGAUUCUUUACAAUUCUCAGAAAAUGAUUUACCUAAUUUCUUAAAGCUUGGUGAAAUAUUCAAAUUUCGUAUUAAUAUUUUAAAUGCAAAGAAAUUCAAUUCAUCUUUUACUGAUAUUUUUUGUCAGUAUAGAUUUCAACAUCAACAUAAUGAAGUUUUUUCAACGGAUACUGUACAAUAUAAUAUGGAAAUAGAUGGUGUUAAUAUUAUGCAAUCACAAAAUUUCAAGGUGAUAAAUACCGUUGGAUUUCUCGAUUAUAUUCUUAACUAUCCACUGGAAUUUGAUGUUUAUGGACAUUUUGUCGAAAAAACCUCAGAAGAUCCUCAAAUACCAAGUACUCAAAAUGUUUUAAAGUGUUACCGACAUUGUGUGCCUCCAACCCUCCCGAGUUCAGCCCCUGUACCUCCGUUACGUUUGUCCAAUUCAGAGACAUUUAAAAGUUCUGAAAUAGUUCAACGUUAUGAUAUACUUGUAUGGUUUGAAAUAUUAGAAUUAAAUCGUAAUGGAGAGUACGCACCUGUCCCAGUUGAUCGACUAGACGAAACUCCAUGUCAAGGAGUGUUUCUUAUUCAUCAAGGAAUUCAAAGACGUCUAGCAAUAACUUUGGUACAUGAAUUUCUUGAUCCAAUAAAAUCUGAUAGAAUAGACAAUCAACUGAAUUGUUCACAUACAUGUCUUUUUCAAGGAAUACAUGAAGUAGUCGUUGGUCGAGUACGUGAAAAUCCCGAAUGGUUAGAUUCAGAUGAGCAUACGCAUAUCUUAUCACUUUCGUUAUUGCCCGCUCAACAAAUACAUGAAACAAGCAGUGAUCGUAUAUCGUUUCGAUUUGAAGCCGCAUGGGAUUCAUCACUUCAUGCCUCAAAUUUAUUAAAUCACGUUACACCAUACGGACAACGUGUCUACAUGACAGUGUCAUCCUAUUUGAAAGUAGAUGGUUGCCGUCGACCGGUUUGUAUGACAAAAGAUAUCGCAAUGAUUGUAUUGCCCAGAGAAUCUAAAUUUAUGACACCAAGGUCUUUAUGGUCGAUUUGGAGUGCAUUUUCCAAAAGCUUGGAAGCAAAUCAUGUCACGUCUGUAUAUGAUUUACAGCUUGGACACACUGCAUCAAAAAAAGUUUCCCAAUUGACUGUAAAUAUGAAAGAAAAAAUAUUUUUAAGAACAAUAAUCGUCAGUUACUGAGAGAGAUUUCCAUUACCAAUAAAGUUUUCGUGAAGUUUUAUUCGCAGAGCUUAUUGAUACUAAGAACACCAGAAACUGUUUAGCUUGGUCCUCAAGUGAAUUAGCAAUCAAUAAAUAUAUCGAAAUAGAUCAGAAAAACCAUGGAUCAAGAAUCAGGUCAAAGGGUGAAACGAUGACAGGCUAAAGGCCAAUAAUAAAUAAUCAGGAUCAAGGUCGAUAGGACAAGCUGUUGAAUAUAUGUGGGGAAAUUGGAAUACCUCACUUUUGCCUGAUUUUUGUGCUGAUGACGUUAUUCAGAAGAACAAUGAAAGCUCCUCGAUUAAUUACUUUAACUUGGAGGAGGAGAGUCCAUCAAAAUAAACUACUUGAGCUAAAAUUCUCCUCCACUUCUAAUAGAGUCUGACUGAAGAAUGUCGGAGAGCUAAUUGACUGUUUCAUGAUGCACGUACAAACAAUCCCAAAUGAGAUAAAGCUUCUCGUGGCAAGCGCAUUAACACUUUUAUUAUUAUUUUUUUUUAUUAUCAUCAGCUUUAUUCAAUAUUAUAUU